CUCAGACAGAGCGGGCUGCUGUCUCCGAGGGCGUUGGUGUUGGGACCCACCAUUGAACAUCAUCCUUGGGUGUUUUUCCAUUCUCACUGUCUCCUCAGCAGAGACCCCAGCUGCAGAAACCUGGUCUACUGUGGACUUCUGUGCCCACUGCUUGUGGCUGCUCUGGGUCCAGCAGUGCAGCUGAUGUCCCCUCGGCACCGUGCCUGUCCCUGGGCGUGUCCGUGUUGGGUGGAAACUUCACUGCCAGCACCUGGGGAGUGAAAGGACACACCUGGAUGCUCUUUCUGUGCCAGGCAAAGGAAACCCGGAAACCUCAGUGCUGGAGCUGUGGGGAGCACUCAGAGCAGUGCCAGUGGGGAGGGCAUCAGCUCCUGCCUGCUUGGACAUGGCCUGGUGGAGAGCAGGGCUACCCCUGCGCCUGCUGCUGCUGCUGAGCCUCGCCGGCCUCACCAUGCCAGACCUCAUGACGGAGACCACUGUCACAGAUGUGACAAUGGCCAUGUCCCCGACUCUCCCUACCUCUGUGACACCUCUGGAGACCUCAGAGCUGCUGCCCACCACUGCAGCCACCAUCUCUGCCUCUGAGCCUGGAACAGGAGCCUCUACCCUGGAGAACUCCAGCAUGUCUCCAGUGACAGGCAGUGCCUCAUCUCCCAGUGCACCAGCACCAACUGCCCCCUCAGCAGAACCCUCGAUCACCCCAUACAACACCACAGCUGACCCUGAUACCAGCACCGAGGUCCCUGGGAGCACCCCUGACAUCUCCACUGUGGACCCGACCCUGGACACCUCAACAGCACCUGAGAGCCCCAGUACAACCACAGGCAUGGAGCCCUCUUCCCUGACCACAGACUCAUCCCAGACCUCAGAGACAACAACAUGUGUCUGCACCACCCCUGCACCCAACACCAGUGCAUCUCACCUCUUUCUGUCACUGCGGCUGACAGUUCCUCUGGACCUGGGGAAUGCCACAGUGCAGGAGCUGGUGUUGUCCAAGCUCCGUGAGGACCUGCAGACAGCAUUCCCAUGUGCUGGCUUGGUGCUGAAGUGGCGAGAAAAAAGGAGGAUCUGACCGCUGUUCCUCGCCCAGCCAGGACCCCUGUGGACUUGGCAAGCCUUCUGCUCCCAUCUCCUUAGUCCAUGGUGCUGCAGCCCUUAGGGUAACCUGUACACCUCCCCUUAAACUAGGGACCCCCUGCCCUUCACUGCACAUCCCCAGAGGACCCCCAGUGUCCCCCAUGGGCCAGGGUGCUCCUGCCCCUUCCUACAGCUUGUCUGUAGAGCCCGAGCCCUCUCACCAAGCUGCACCAGUCCUGGCUCCCAAAGUGGGACCCCAAAAGUGCUGCUGAGGAGCUGGGAGGAGGUUACCCUGCACAGCUAGGGUUCUACAGCUGGGACUGAGCUCAUUCAGCCACAAAAGCCACCCUGGGGACCAGUGGAUGAAAGACAGGAGACUUGGAGCACGCAGUACUGCUUGGCCCAGGGCACUUGGGGGCUCAGUACUGGUGACCUCUAAAGCUUGCAACCUGGGGAGGCUGCCGUUCUUGAAGUCUUCAAGAGAUGCUGUAUGGCUGCUUCACAUCCAGGAUGGGCCAAGAUGGAGCCUGAGGUGGCUCUGGGAAGGAGAUAGGAAAGGAAUCCACCCCCCUCCCACCUGAGCCUGGUCCUGGAGCCAGUGGCACACCAGCUCUCCCUGGCUUGCCUGCAGUAGCACUGACAGAGGAGCACACCUCUGCCACCAAAGGCCGGGCAGUCAAGGAAAAUCCUACAUUUUCCGUGGCAAAGAUGACGACUUCUGAUUUUCCAAGUUGCCUCCCUCAGUUUUCAGCUUCGCUGUCUAGCAGAGGAAAACCGGCAGAGUCCCAAAAGCUUUGCAGGGGAGUGAUGGGCUCAGCGCUGUCCCCUCCUGGCAGGAGCUGCCGCAGACGUUCCCAAGGAUGGCUCUGCAUUCCAACAGGCUGGGGUCUGAGGGUCCCCAUCUUGGUCCUCACUGCCCCAGGACACCCCAGCACUUCCAGGGCAGCUCUCCUCACUGUGGGGCCGUGGAAAUCCCGUGGGCUGUGCUCCUUCCCUGUUUUUUUCCAGUCCCAAGCUAAGGAGACAGCCUCAGCGCCUGUCUCCCUGCAGCAAAGUCAUUUAUUAACUGAUUAAUUACCCAGAUAAAAUCCAGCUGAAGCAAUUAUUAGCCUAAGCAAGUCACCUCACCGGGAGAUUGAAAACUGAAAUAAUAAGCAAAAUAGCCAUG